AUGGCAACUUCCUACACAGCCCAGGGUCUUAUGAGCAAUCUGUACAAUGCAACGAAGUUCCUAUUCAGGUGUUUUGAAGAUCUCGUUGAUGAAGUCCAUGGUGAUCCACAUGAGAGCAGACUCAGCAUGCUCAUACAUUGUGAAUAUGAAUUGGUUAAUACAAAUUGCGUUAAUCCUGUGUUGUCAUUAUUACAUGAAUGGGUGUACACUACGGAAGCAAGCAUUGAACUCACCAAAGCACAGCCAGAGUAUGGGGAUUUCCUCAGUUUCUCAACCCAUGGUCUAAGUUGCCCUCUCAUGGUUAGCAUUAGAAGAACCCCAAAUAUAAGACAGGCAUUCAUAAACAGCGUUUCCGAACAGCGAGGAGCACGUGAGAAGAACCCCAAUUCUCCCAAAGUUCCCCACAUAGCUCCACCCCUGCACUUGUCGCGGAAUUGGGCUUGGACGAUGAGCACACAUCAACCGCCUCCACCCACCCUCUCCGAAAAGUACAGCGGUGUGCCAGAGCGGCUCGCCUCAAUCGCCCAAGAGGCGAAGGACCGACUAUGGUCUAACAAAACGCUUCCGGAAAGCGUACCCCGACGGUGCAACGUGCGAUUACCUCCUGGCACGUCUCGCGAUGCGUUCGACAAAGCCAUCGCAUCGUUAAGAUGUGAUAUUGGCGCUGAGAAUGUUGCCCUUAACGACCAGCCACUUGUCGAUGGCUGGUAUCUUGAACAUCCGAACACGCACGAUGCCUUCCACGUCGUCGACCAAGAGGAUCUCGUUUGCAGCGCUGUUGUCUAUCCUGCAUCGACCGCAGAGGUCCAAGUUGUUGUUAAAUGGGCAAACCUACACGCCAUUCCAAUAUACCCUAUCUCGAUGGGCAGAAAUGUCGGAUAUGGGGGCAGCGCUCCACGCGUGCCAGGCGCAGUGGUUGUGGACCUGGGCAAGAAGAUGAACCGCAUUGUGGACAUAGACCCAGAAAACGCGUCAUGCGUCGUCGAGCCCGGCGUGUCGUACUUUGCACUGUACGAGGAGAUCCAACGGAGGCAGCUACCUCUGUGGAUUGACACACCUGAUCUUGGCGGGGGUAGCGUUCUCGGGAACGCCAUCGAUCGCGGCGUUGGCUACACGCCUAUGGGCGACCAUUUCGCAAACCAUUGCGGCAUGGAAGUCGUCCUCCCGAACGGCGAGCUCCUGCGAACGGGGAUGGGGGCACUGCCAGGCAAGGACGGCGUCGACAAUCCCACCUGGCAGUCUUUCCAGCCCGCCUACGGUCCCUACUCUGACGGCAUCUUUUCGCAGAGCAACUUCGGUAUUGUUUGUCAAAUGGGCUUCUGGCUGAUGCAUGAGACCGCCCAUCAGUCGUAUAUGAUCACCUUUCCGAGGGACGAGGACUUCCCGGAUAUCGUCGAAGUCAUUAGACCCCUUGCUCAAAAACGCAUUCUCGGCAAUAUCCCACAGCUCCGCCAUGUCGUCCAGGAGCUCAAUGUGACUGGCUUGCCCAAGUCGCAUUGGUAUUCUGGGCCUUCUCCUAUCCCGAGAGAAGUCGUCCGCAAGCAUGCAGCACAAUUACCAUGUGGAGAGUGUUCGUGGGUCUUCUAUGGCACACAGUACGGAGAUGAUGCGGGUAUAAAUUCUCAGCUCGAUAUGAUCAAAUCAGCCUUUUCUAAGAUCAAGGGAUCUAAAUUCUUCCUUCCGAAGGACCUUCCCGUGGAUCAUUACAUCCAUUCCCGAGCUCUUGUCUGCAGCGGGGUUCCCGUGCUCCGGGAAUUGGAUUGGCUAAACUGGAAACCGAACGCUGCUCAUUUGUUCUUCUCUCCCAUCACACCCACCCGUGCUGAAGAUGCGAAGAUAGUCCACGACAUCAACGUCCGCCUGCACAGGAAGUACGGGUUCGACCUCUUUCCGACUUUGUGCGUGGCAGGCAGAGAGAUGCACUACAUUGCAAACAUCAUCUACGACCGUGCAUCGAAUGACGAGAAGAGAAGAGCAGCUGGAUUGAUGAGAGAACUAAUCGCCGCCGCUGCGAAGGAGGGGUAUGGGGAGUACCGGACUCAUAUCUUGUUUGCUGAUCAAGUUGCCGGGACGUACAAAUGGAAUAACAAUGCUCUAAUGAGGUUUAAUGAAACGAUUAAAGAUGCCCUAGAUCCCAAUGGCAUCCUUGCCCCAGGUCGCAAUGGCAUUUGGCCCAAGAAUUACAGGGGAAAGGGGUGGCAGCUCAUAGGUAGUGAAGUUGAGAGAGCUGUUGGUGUCACUUCUACUUCUGAUAACGUGCACACUUGCUACUCCACCUAUUUAGUUUCCAACAUCGUCCUUCGGUUGUACGCGUCUGAGCUCCUUCAUGAGAUGUCCCACCCGUAA